AUGCAACAUUUUUAUCUAAAUUGGAUGAUGAUUUCGAGGUUCAAUGUUGACACAGUCGCUGACUCAGUAAAAAAGCCAAUCCUGUCGUCAAAAACGCGUAAAGCGAUAUCAGGGCUGCCUGCAGCCAGGCGCCAUCAACCAGCACCAUUCGAAUUUUCCAAUGGUUAUCCAACCAGUUCACGUCAUCCAUCAGCAUCUGGUUCAACGUCAUAUUACUAUUCACGUGGUGGAGGUUCGUUAUCGUCAAAUGCUCCAUCGCCGGCAGUACUACCUUAUAAUAACACCCCAUCACACAAUGGAGUAAUCGAAAAUUCAGCGAUGAGCAUUCAUGGUAGCAGUCGACAUCCGAGUGCUGUGGAGAGUGAUACACCAUCAUACUGGGUGGAACAUUUGGCAACAUUUGCUGUUGGUCGAGAAUUCGGCUUACAAUAUCCGGAAGACGGUGUCAGAAAAUUGAAGCAGUUGGAAAACAGUAGCGCUAUAUGGGCACAACCAAUGGUACUCAGAUUACGACCUAGUGUUGUCUCGGUUGAAGACGAAAAUGGAGAUCUUGUAGAACAGUUUCCAAUGGAACUGUGCAAUCGUGUCUCAGCAAAUGAUGUUGUGGAUGAUAUAAAAUCAUUUCUAUCGGGACAUUACAAAAAAGUAAGAACGGGACGACGUGAUACGGGCUUCAUGAUUGGGUAUCAACCGCCAUUCGUGAUGGGGCCACCACCUACGCGAGGUUAUCGUGAUGACACUUCCGCCAGUUCUGACAGUAGUGAAUCAUUUGAAAGGGAUGUGAACACAUUAAAUCGAUGUUUCGAUGACAUAGAGCGAUUUGUUGCCCGUAUACAAUCAGCUGCAAUUGCUCAGCGCGAACUUGAAGCUCAAACGCAUCGACAGCGUUCCCAUCGUAAGCACAACUCACGUGCACCUAUUGAUCCACAAAGUGGUAUUUUACAAAUGCGUGCACAACUUCCCGCAGAAUUUGAAUUUGUUGACAUUUUGCAAAAAUUCAAGUUGUCAUUCAAUUUGUUGGCUAAGCUCAAAAAUCACAUUCAUGAGCCGAAUGCACCAGAAUUAUUGCAUUUCCUGUUCACUCCGCUCACAAUCAUACUUGACGCAUGUCGUUGGGGCCUCGGAAGAAAUGUCGCUCCUCAGGUUAUCUCUCCAUUGCUUUCACGAGAUACUCGUGAAUUGUUGCAGAAUUGUUUAACAAGCAGAGAGUCUGAUGUAUGGAUGGCUAUGGGAGAAGCAUGGAGAAUAGCGCCAGAAGAUUGGAUUGGACCAUUGCCUAAACCUUAUAGACCUAUAUUUCUGGACGGUUUUGCACCAUAUGGUUAUCCAGAUAAUUAUGGUGGUCCACAAAGUCCACCGCGAUAUCAGUCAAUGCCACAACCGAUUCAUCGUGGUGUGAGCGCACCACCGCCACCUACUCAAAAUUCCUAUAAUCAUCGACCACCUAUCAGGGAUCACUCUGUUGAUAAUGUAUGGGAAUUUUGUUUAUAG